AUGAACCCAACCAGCAAUCCAAACAAUCCUCCUUUCCCAGCAAUCUCUUCUUCUCUUCAACAGAGAGACACAACCAUUUCAACCGCAACAAAAGAGAUCACCCAACUGACAUGUCAAUUGAUGGAGAACCUCAAUCGGCGUUCGACGGCAUUAGCGAAUGGAGCCAACUUUGAUCUUGCUUUGCGCGAUGCAGCCGUUAUGAGGGUUAUCAUCCCAACAUCGUCUCUUGGAUACCUGAAAGCAGGCAACAUCUACCAGCAACGUGGACAGCACAAAGAAGCAGUAUCGAUGUAUGAGGAAGGCCUCUUGAAUGUACCAUCAGGCGAUCAAUGUUACACCAACCUCGAAAAGGGCCAUGCUGAUGCAGCCAAUGCAGCUUACAACAGCAUCGAUUUCAUCAGCCAGUUACCUUUGGAUAUUGUUGAGUCAAAGAUAUUGCCUUUGGUGUUUCACGACUACAAGCUGGAAGCAGAUACUCCUUGUCCUUAUCUUUAUGUAUCACGCACAUGGCGACAACGUAUCCAGCAAUGCAACAACUUGAGCUUCCAUAUCAAUCGAUUACCAAUCGACCAGCCAUUCCAAUUCCGUGAGCUGGAAAGGUUUUCAGCACAUGUGAAAACAUUGUCCAUGGCAGCAGGGAGACAGGUUACAUUUUCAGCCUUCAAUGGAUGCGACUUUUCCAAUCUCACCAGCCUGUCAAUGAUAUCGCACGGGAGUGAAGAAGCCGACAUUAUACAUGCUCUUGAAUCUGUGCAACCAACGCUGACUCACCUGGUGCUGUAUACGGUGAAUGAAAACACACCUCGAAUCCAUUUGCGUGGCGUUUUGGAACUUUGUCCCAAUCUUGUGUCUUUGAAGCUUACGACUUUGACUCUGCAUCCUCUCUCAGUGCAAUACCCAAAGUUAACGCACCUCACUUUGAGCGCUGACAUUGUUACGAAUUCUCAUGAAAUGGUUAUCAACAUCCUCUCUCAUCUUCCAUCACUCGUGUACUUGGAUAUCUUUUAUGUUCCAGAUUCGCAAUUUCUUACCAGCGUUUGUCAAUAUUGCCCCAACAUGAAGUUAUUGAAAUGUGGCCCUUCCCACGUUUUCAAUGAGGACAACGAUGAUCGGGAUGUUGACGGCUUGCAAAAGCUAUUUUUUGGAUAUCACGACGUCUACAGGAUGCACAAUGCCGAUGCCCUCAUUCGACUGUUACAUGACAACCAUCAGUCUCUCAACCACGUCGUAUUGACAGGAAAAGUAUUUGCUGCUGAAAGCAUUACAUUGGAUGAAAAAAGCUGGGACGCAUCAUUGAAUUUCAAUUGUUUGGAGGAAUUUGAGGUCGAUGCUCUCAAUGAUCAACUUGCUCUGCUCGCCAUGUCUAUCAUACGUCGAUCACCACAUCUUCAUCGCGUCACGAUCGGCAAUCAUACAGCCAACCAACAUUACAUAUCCAAUGCAGUGAAAGGAUUGACGAGCUUGCAAAUGCUUUCAGCAAUACAACUGACAAGGGCUUCACAAUGGCUUUCCAAUAUUCUUGAACACCACGUACAGCUUGGCAAGGAUUCAACCUUAAAGGAGCUAAAGAUCGACAUGGAUUACAAUGAUGAAUCGACGUUUAAUUGGAUGCAUGCUAUUGGCGGAUUGAAAACCUUGCAAAGACUUGUCAUAUCAACACCUGCCAUCGAUGCACCUUCGGACUAUGUAUCUGCCAUGGCAACGAUCAAGGGAUGCCCAUCUCUUUCGUACCUUGAUUUAUACUAUGGUCGUUAUCCAGCACCUGCAGAAACCAUUGCCCUCCUAAAGCGUCAUCCUACGCUCCAAUGUCUCCAUAUCCGUGCCUCCUCAAUCGCUGACAGAGACAUUAUCAAUCUUGUAUCAUUCCCCAACCUCCAACAUAUCAUCAUCAAUGCAGGAGUCGACCAUUCUCUUAUUAGGUUGUUACAAGAGCACAUUCAAAAGGUGGAACAUAGACUACCUUAG